AUGAGUACACAGAUCAGAUUACGAAGAGCCCAAGAUAAGAAGUUUCAGCGAACAUCAGAGCCAACUGAAGCGGAUGUUAUCCCCAUGAACCGAUGCGACAGUGGUGGCGAAAAAAUUUCCGAUCACAAGCGGCACUGUCGAUACGCAGAAUGUACAUGUGAGCAAUGUGAGUUGAUCGAGACGAGACGUAAACUGGAUCAGCAUUUGAAAGGCUCUUCCUCAUCCACAUCGUCCUCAUCAAGCACGCUAUCUUCAUCCGUCAUUCAGACAUCAUCACCGCUCUCCACAACACAAUCAACAACCAUUAAUAAAAGUGUUAUUGAAUAUGCUUCACCGCGGUCCAACUCAUCGUGCACAUCUGACUGUUCAACACCAGCAAACACAACAAUUAAAGCACUCAAAGAUGACGAGAAACUGAUGUCGCCAACGCUAUCAGAUUGGAAUCCUUUUGGUCUACCCUUCAUAUUCCCACUCAGUGCUGUUACUACAACCAACCACGAAAAUAUGUUACUUGGCUCAUUGAAUGCUGAUGCCAGCGCAAGAUUGUCACUCGAAGUCGCCUUAUCGCACAGCCUCAACUCUUUGAGCAGAUGUCAUCCAACUGACCGUCAGCCAUCCAGCUCAGUGCUAUCAUGCUCACCAGCGUUACCGUCACCCAUCCCCAUCGCACCGAUGAUGCCCUUCGAGAACAGGCCCUUCUUCGCCGGAGCUUUACCGUCGUUACCAUUCGAGCCUACAGUGGGCCAGAUUCCCGAAGAGAUGAACACAAUGACUGAUUUCCUCAGUAGUGUCCGUCAUUUAGAGACUCUCUUUCAACAGCAUAACCCCAAUUUAUUCUACACACUCAACGUUCAAUAA